CCGGUGAACAGCUUCGGAAAUUUGUGGAAAUUUCAAAAACUCCAAAAAUAAAUAAAGGUUUGUUGUUCAAUGGAUGAUUCUGUUAUUGACUUGACUGAUUCCCCUCCGCCAUCUUUGGACAGGAAGAGGAAAAGAUCAGAAGUAAACAGUGUAAACAAGAAUACAAGUCAGUGGGUAACAUCAGCAUUUGGUGAUUUCAUUGGUAAUGAACCACAGAAGUCAACUAAAAAAAAUUCUUCAAAGCCAACUUGGUCACGGAAAAAGUCAUCAAAUGACUUGAGCAGUAGUCAAACAUCAAACCAGGGAAGCCUACCUGUAAACAAAUAUUUCAGUGGUUCUUAUGUUCCAGCAAAAAAAUUUACCAACACUAAAAAUAAUAGACCUGCUUUUGAAACAGAGCUUUGGUCAGACAAAUAUGCACCUAAAUCUCAGUCAGAUCUAGCAGUGCACAAAAAGAAGAUAAGUGAAGUGGAAUGUUGGAUACAGAAACAUUUGUCAGCACAAGGCAAGCUGCCACCAGUAUUAUUGCUAACAGGACCAGCUGGUGUUGGAAAGACUGCCACAAUACAAUCUUUAUCUAAGGAUCUCAGAUUUACCAUACAAGAAUGGAUUAAUCCGUUGACCAAUACAACAGACAAAAGUUUUACAGACCCAUUUUCAGAUAACAAACCAUACAGAUAUUUGUCCUCUGAAUCUCAGAUGUCAUUGUUCCAACAGUUUCUAUUGAGAGCAAACAAAUAUAAUUCUCUUGGUAUAUUUGGUGAAGAAGUAUCAUCAAAGAAAGUCAUUCUUGUUGAGGAAUUUCCAAAUGUAUUUUACAGAGAUGCCUCUACUUUUCAUGACAUAGUAAGAAAAUACAGAAAGAUUGGUAAAUGUCCUUUAGUGUUUAUAGUUAGCGAUUCUACUAAAGGAGAUUCUAAUGAAAGACUUUUAUUUCCUAAAGAUUUGCAGCAUGAGCUAGAUAUUGAAAACAUCAGUUUUAAUGCAGUAGCGCCAACAAGUAUGGUAAAAGUACUAACAAAGAUUGCUACCCAGGAAUCAAAUCAGGGUUGCCACAAGUUUAGUAUUCCAUCCAAGACUGUGUUAGAAUCUAUAGCUAUGUCAAGUGCUGGUGAUAUUAGAGGAGCUAUCAAUGCCUUACAGUUUGCUUGUGAGAAAGAUACUGGUGACCUAAUGUCAGGAGGAAGAUUGAAAGGAAAAACAAGUUUAAAAAAACAGUCAAGUAGCCGAUCAAAUAAGAUGAAAUCUAAAACUAAGUCUGAAAACCCAGCUAACCCUGAUUCUGAGUUAGCAUCUAUAGGAGGAAGAGAUACCUCAUUAUUCUUGUUCAGAGCCCUGGGCAAAAUUCUCUACUGCAAAAGAGAUGAUCCAUCUAACUAUUCAGACUUACCACGAUUACCGUCCCAUCUAUCAGAACAUGAAAGAGAUCCAUUAAUAAUUAACCCUGAGGAUGUUGUUGAGAAGUCCCAUUUAUCUGGAGAGUACUUUACAGCAUAUCUACACCAAAAUUAUUUAGAAUUUUAUACAAAUAUUGAAGACUUGGUCAGAUCUACAGAAUAUCUCAGUGAUGCAGAUUAUCUUACCAUAGACUGGGCAUCCAGAUCAGUGCUACAAGAGUAUGCAGCUUCAGUAGCUACAAGGGGAAUAAUCCAUUGUAAUUCAUCUCGCAGUAAACAUGAUGCUGCAAGUUCAGGGCUUGGAUGGCGGCCACUUAAUAAACCUCAGUGGUACACAGCAAAUAAAACGGCAAGACAGAAUUCAGAGUCGUGCAGAAGUCUUUUUAAAAGUACUUGUCAUGGUUGUCCCCCUGUAGUAUUACAAACAGAGAUUCUUCCUUUCUUAGCACAAAUAAAUAUACCAUUACAUAAUCCUGGUCAGUUUUCAUGUUUACAAGAAAUAUGCAGAUUCUCAAAAGUCAGACUAUCUCUCAGAUCUGAAAAAUUGGAUGAGAAAGAUGUUGAACAAGACACAGAUGAUGAGGAUGCUUCUUCAGUGGUUCCUUUCUCAACAAACAUAACCACAGAUAAUGAUGAUGUCAUAACCAAUAGCCAAUCAAAAAUCAAUACUUCACAGGAAGAAGAGGAAGAAUAUGAUAUAGAGGAAUUUGAUGACUUUUAAAUGUUUAUAGUAAACAAAAUAGACAAUUGUUUGUUUCAAUUAGAAAACAUUUUCAUGUUAAGAUAAGAAGUUUUAUCAUCAUUGUUCAUUUGUUUAUGAACCAUGCAAAGCAAAAAUGGAUAAAAAUUAAGGUUUCAUAAGGAUAUUGAAGAUACCCAUACCUAUUCUAUCAAAUUUCUGAUCUUGUUUAAUCUGAAAGGUAAUCUUAUUUUGAAGCAACUAUUUGUUUGAAUAUUCAGAUUACAGGCAGACAGCCCUAUUUUAAGCAUCAAUGUAAAGUGUUGGAGUUUCUGGACUUUUGUAAUUCAAAACUCAAAGGUCCACAAAUAAACAGGUCCCAGACCUCGACCCACACUAAUUUUAACCCCUGGAUAAAAUGCUUUAUCAUCAUUAACGUUAUGAUUUAAAGUAAAUGGGCAAUGCCACUGCUUUUGUUUAUACUUUGCAGGGCUUGUUGGAUUUGAAAAGAUAAUUCGUUCAUCAGUUUUAUUUUCUUAAAUAUGUUUCAAUGAAAAAAAAUUAUCGUUCAAAAAUGUAUAAAUUAAUUUAUACUGAAAUAGUCAAUUCAGUUGACUAUUUGUCAAUUUUUCUUGCGUUCAUUACAAAGGUAUAUCUGUUACAAGAAUAUUCAUUUAUAAUAUUUCAAAAAAUAAAAGAGAUAAAUGCAUUUAUUCUUAUUUCAAGUGAAAAAUGCCAAAGUUGUGUGCAAAAUCUUCAAAAAAUCUGUGACAUAACUUGACCUUAACAAAUUCCACCAUCAUAAGCAUUUUGUUAUUCACCAAGAGUAAUCCAAUUUUUUAAUAGUUUAUCAAAAAAACUUAUUUCACAUUUAUAUGUACAAUUGAAAUUGUUGUAAAUAUUUUAAUGAUAUAGUGCUAUUCAAGACUGUGAUAUAUAUAUAUUUGAAUCUCACCUUUUAUUUUAUUGUCAAAAGCCAACUACUCAUUUACUCUCUUUUUAAAACAACUGUACCAGUUGAAACCACUUUUGACCAAAUAAUACCCUAUAGAAUUUUCUGGCUUCAAAAUUAUGUUGAUAGUCCAGUUGACCACCAACUAUUACAAAAAACAGAACAUGGUGAAAAUUGGGAAGCAUAAUUAACAAAUUGAAAUGAUACAUCCCUUUUAUUGUGUAUGACCUUAAUCACCACCAAACAUGGCUUCUAUAGUUAAUAAUAAUAGAAAAUGUGACAAAAAUUUGAAAUAUUGUGGAAUAAGUCAAUUGUAAUGUUAGAUAAAUGAUAGAUUUAUAAUUGCCUUUAAUAAUAAUAACCCAGUAAAAGUUUUGCAUCUUCAUUACUCAGUAUAGAAACUUUCACAAUGAAUUCAAUUUAAAAUUCUGAUCUUACCUAUGUUUUUGUCAAAUUUGUUUUUGUUGCAAUAAAAUAAAUUAAUUUUG